AUGAACUCUACUAGUCCUCUCUCAGUCUAACUUCCUACAAUGGUAUGGUUCAAAGCACGAAGGGCUAUUAGAGGGAUUCUUGGGACUUCUCAGAGAACUCUAAAGAAGAGAAAACAGAAACGAUGUUCCAAUCACUAACUGAUAUCUCAAAGGGAACUUAGAGGUCAAUGAAACCAAGCCUGUUAUUUUUAUAGGUAAGGACCGAUGAAAUGACUUAUACAGGGUCAUGCAGUUCAUAAAUUGCCCUGGUAACAACUUUGGCCUUUCCACCUGACUGGAGAUAAACACCUAAACUAGGGUAGAAGCUGUGUAAGUAGAAAAGGGAAUGAAUGGAAGAAGAGAUGGAAUUGUUAAGACUUGGUAGCAAUGACGGGAUUUGGGCAGGGGCUAAGAAGAGCAGGAAGAGUCAAGGAUGACUCCUAUGUUGUAAACCUAGAUGGCUGAUUGAACGGUGGUGCCUCUGACAAAAACAAGGUAGUUGGACAGAGGGAAGAACUCAGUGGGAAAGAGAAAGAGUUCUCUUUUGGAUGGGCUGAGCUUGAGACACUGAUGGAUCAUAAGGAAGAGAUUUCCAUCCAGCAGCUGGUGAUAAGGGAUUGGAACUCAGGAGAGAGCUAAGCCAUGGAAGAAGUUAUGAGGUCACAGUAGGUGAGAAUAUCUAUCGACGUCUAUCUCUAAGCUGUGCAGGAAGAAGGGCAACAGAAGGUUAUGGUGGGUACCUAAUAACAACGGGUGGAUCCUCCAAGUACCAAGAAAGGAGUGAACACCAGUGGGCAAUAUGUGAUGCUAGAGAGCAACCAAUCAAGGAGGAAACUGAGACCCAAGGAGAGGAACAGAUUUCCUGAAGGUCACACAAGCAACGCUGUGGUGGCCUUCGGGCCUUUCACCCUUCGGUUCCAGUACCCUAACGGAUCUCGAUAGGCCUUAAAGGAUCCUGGGGACUUCAGCCCACAGAUUCUCCUCAGUCACCAACACCGAACAGAUUCUGGCAUAGGUCUUAGCAGGCCCUAGUGAAGCAGAGAUGGCUUCCCCACCCUCUCCAAAAGUCGUGUUUAAGAACACCACCAAAAUGUCCCUGAAUCAGCGCUUCACUGAGAUGCUGACCAAGCAGCCGGUGCGGGUGACCAUCCAGGCCACCACAGAUCCGCAGGAGCAGGACCAGAAAUCAGAGCGGGUGCCUGAGCGGGAGGUGGUGCAGGAGGUGGUGCAGGAGCCAGAGCCAGAGCCAGAGCCGGAGCGGGAGGUGGAGGUGGAGCGAGUGGCGGUGCUAGAGCUGGAUGGGGAUCCAGAGCGGGAGCCAGAUUCAGAGUUGGAGUCCGAGCCAGAGUCCGAGCCAGAGUCGCAGCUGGAGCGAGACAGAGCCCGGCGUGAUCCCUCACAGAGGCGUGACACCAGCUCCAGAUCUUUCCAGAGCCGGCCCAUGUCACGGAACCAAAAACUAGCCCAACAGAUGGAGCGUCGCCCCUCUGUCCAGGCAGCCCUGACUCUCAAGGACAGCUUGAAGCAGCGCCUGGGUAAGAGCAAUAUUCGUGCACGUUUGGGCUGGCCCUAUGGGACCCUGGGCAGGAAAGCAACUGGGGGAUGGGGAGGCACAUACUCUGGAAGCCGUUAUUACGGGGAUGAGCCUCAAACCUACAGGGGCCGAGAAGAAACACGGGAAGGGCGGGCCUCUAGAUUUCAGUCACAUGGAAAGAGAGGGUCAUACUCUCAUCAGGGUAGAGAAUCUCGCCAAAGCAGAUCAAGGUCUCCCCAGAGGAGAGGGAGAAGAGGUGAUGUCCGUAGAGGUUUUAGGUGGGGAGGAUCCAGCGGCAGUGGAGGGAUGACCAGUGAAGGCCGCAGAGGGCAAGGGGGCUUUGGUGGUCGUGGUCGUGGUCGCAGUCGCUGGCAGGCUGCUUCCCAAGCUCCUCUGACCAAAGAACAGCUGGAUAACCAAUUAGAUGCAUACAUGUCAAAAAGCCGGGGCCAUUUGGAUGCUGAGCUUGAUGCUUACAUGGCCCAAACCCCAGAAAAGGCCAAAUAUUAGAUCAAUGCCAGCUUUGUUGACAAAUUAAUUUCCAGUUGUUUAUAGGCUUAUCUUGACUUUAACAUUGUUGCAUGAAAUUGUAUUUUUCCCCUUGAAUUUGGUUUUAUGUCCUCCAUUUUUCUCUUUCUGUGUAUGUAUGUAUUCACAUUUAUAAUUUAAAUUGCUUUUUUCCUCCUGUCCCUGGUGCAUUUGCCCCACCUCCUUAUGCCAAUCAAUUCAGGACACAUAGGUCCUGCUUAUUUAUGCUUACAACCUAGCGGGCUCCACCAGAAGGUUCCAGGCACAAUCUUAGGAGCAUCACGUGGAGACCCUUCCCUGUUGCCAAGAGCUACAACAGAACUGAUAGAUAUUUGUCAUUUUUAAUCCACGGUGGCUUAGUAAAAGAACCGUGCAGAAUCCUCCACAGGAGGCCCAUUGGGCUAUCCUGAUUUAUCACAUUAAGUGGGUGUAUGAGGCGGGAGGGGGAGGAGGAUUUAAAAAGUUGUGAGCACCAGCUUAAACUACCAGCUUCAAGGUAACACCCAAGUGUGCGCCAUGGCAGCUGCCGCCUCUCAUAGGUUAAAGUAUAGGCCGUGGUGGGAAGGUAACUUAACUGUGGAUUGACUAAUCUUCACUUGGAGCUUUUUGACACAAACAAAAAAAUAAUAGAAGGAACAGCAGGCUGCUUAGUUACAAGCAAAGGGGCAGCCCUCAACUUUAGCAAAUUAAAGGGUAAGCAGCAGGAGCAGGGGGCAUAAUGUUCUGUAAGACACUCAUCUUUGUAUAUUCUGAACGGUGACCUACCUGCCACACUCCUCCCCUUUCCAGUUAAUUCUGUAGAUUUCUGCUUAGUUCUUUCCCAAAUGUCCUACGGUUUAACUAUACUAAUGGCGGCGGUUGGAUUUUGAAAAGAGACACUCGUCUCCAAUUGGUUGGAAAGGACAUGGGUUUGUUUUUUUUAAUUAGCUGAAAGCUCGAAUUGUAUGUAUAACAUGCGAAUUGUAUGUAUAACAUGCGCUGUGUGUUGUUUGAACUAGAAAGCUGUAAUCUCUUCAUAUGUACUCUGUAUGUUUUUUAAUUCAUUCGAAAACUAUAUAAUCUCAUAAUAUGAAUUCUGAAUGUUUCUGAUCUAUUCGAAAGCUAAAAGCCCAUAGUAUGUAUUGCGCCUGUUUUUGAUUGAUUAAAAAGUUAAAAUCUCAA